AUGAAAGACAUGGGAGAAGCUGCUUAUAUCCUUGGAAUAAGAAUCUAUAGAGAUAGAUUGAAUAAGCUUAUUGGACUUUGUCAAGACACUUAUAUAGAUAAGGUCUUGCACAGGUUUAGUAUGCAUGAUUCCAAGAAAGGCUUUCUACCAAUGUCUCAUGGCAUUUCUCUUAGCAAGACGCAGAGUCCUUCGACACAUGAUGAGCGAGAGCGCAUGAGUAGAAUCCCAUAUGCUUCUGCUAUAGGAUCUAUCAUGUAUGCCAUGCUUUGUACUCGUCCAGAUAUUGCAUGUGCUUUAAGUAUGACGAGUAGAUACCAAUCAGAUCCAGGUGAGAGUCACUGGACAGCAGUCAAAAACAUCCUUAAGUAUUUAAGAAACACUAAGGAUAAGUUUUUGGUCUAUGGAGGAAGUGAUGAGCUUGUUUUGAGUGGUUACACUGAUGCUAGUUUUCAGACAGAUAAAGAUGAUUUCCGUUCACAAUCUGGAUUUAUCUUUUGUCUUAAUGGAGGCGCUGUGAGCUGGAAGAGCUCCAAGCAAAGCACCGUGGCAGACUCAACAACUGAAGCUGAAUACAUUGCUGCUUCUGAAGCGGCAAAGGAGGCUGUUUGGAUUAGGAAGUUCAUUACUGAACUAGGUGUGAUUCCUAGUAUACUAGCCCGGUGGAUCUCUAUUGUGACAAUAAUGGAGCCAUUGCUCAGGCAAAGGAACCUAGAUCACACCAGAAAUCCAAACACAUAG